ACAAACCAACCGUACGACGUCGUUAAGAGUUUUAAAAACGAGGCCAGUAUACGCACUUCUGACGGCUUCUCAUCCUCGUCUCGUCCCCUUUGGCAGUGCCCCUAUCAAACGGACAGCAACACUUCCUCCAUUUCUCGCCUAAACCCCCCAAAACACCUUCUCUCUCCUCACGCUCUCUCUCUCUCUCUCUUACCUUUGAUUUCUUCUUCUUCUUCUCUGUAAUUUUUCUCAAAUUCGUAUUUUUCUAGUGACGGCGGCUCAGAAAAAAUUGAAAAAAAAUGUCGUGGAUAAGAUCGGCCAUGAACAAAGCGGUGGAGGUUGGGAACAAGAACAACCUCACUCGCACUGUCAAGAACUACGCCGAUUCCGUUGUCCACCAUGCCGGUCAAGCCGUAGCUGAGGGUGCCAAAAUCAUUCAAGAUCGCAUAGGUGCUCGGAAUUUCAGAAGUGUUAAGCAGACUGUAAAAAGAUUGGAAGAUGCAGCAGUCUCUUGUAGGGGCAUUGAAAGAGCUCAGUUGCUAAGACGAUGGUUGGUUGUGCUUAAAGAGAUAGAGAAAGUGUCUCAAAAUUCCUUUGAAGAUAUGCCAAAAACCCCUGAUCAACAUCCUCCUUCUGAUGAUUCUAAGGAUAGUCCUAGAAAGCCAUCCAUGGCUUUGUAUUAUGACGCUGAUGUGGGUGGUGAACCAAUGAAUUUCCGUGAAGUUUUCCUUCACAGUCAGGCUCUAGAAGCCAUGACGUUGUCUAUGAUUCUUGAAGCACCAAAUGAAGAAGAAGUUUCUCUGCUACUGGAAAUGUUUGAGCUGUGUCUUACUGGGGGAAAAGAAGUUCAUAAUGCAAUUGUGAGCAGUAUACAAGAUCUGGCAAAAGCUUUUUCCGGCUACCAAGAUGAAGUGUUGGUGAAACGGGAGGAAUUGCUUCAAUUUGCACAGGGGGCCAUUACUGGGCUGAAAAUUAAUGCUGAUAUUGGAAGAAUAGAUGCUGAAGCAUAUAAUUUAAAGAGAAAGCUGGUGGACAUGACAUCUUCCCCGAAGCCUUCAAAUGAAGGUCAAGAGAAAGCUUCAGAAGGAACAACAUCAGAAACAAUAAAGGCAUUGAAAGAAGCACUUGCACAGAUUCGAGUUUGUUCCAGAUUGGAAGGGCUUUUACUAAAGAAGAAAUUUCUGAAUACUGGAGACUCUCCUGAUGUCCAUGCUCAAAAGGUUGAUAAGUUGAAGGUCUUGUCAGCAUCUCUUGCUAGUUCCUCUGUGAAAUCCGAAAAGCGUAUUUCAGAGCACAGAUUACAAAAAGAGGAGGCAAUAAAGGUUCGUGUUGCCAAGGCUGAUGAAGUGAGUGAAAGAGAAAAGGAAUUAGCAUCUGAGAUUGCAGAGCUUGAAAAGGAAAGAGAUAGCCUUGAAGCGCAAUUGAAAAAGGUUAAUAUCUCCUUGGCUGCAGCUAAUGCUCGUCUUCGCAAUACCAGAGAAGAGAGGGACCAGUUUGAUGAAGCAAACAAUCAGAUUGUUGUCCACUUGAAAACAAAGGAAGAUGAGGUAUUAAAAUCCAUUGCAUCAUGUAAAGUAGAAGCAGAUGUUUUGAGCACAUGGACUAAUUUUCUGGAGGAUACUUGGGUUCUUCAAUGCUCAUAUGCAGAAAUGAAAGAGAAGCAAGUCAAUGAUGAAUUGGAGAAACAUGUGGACUAUUUUGUGAACUUGGUCACUCAACUUCUCACUGCUUACAAGGAAAACUUGGGGCCGUCCAUUGGUCGUAUUUCAAAGUUUGUUGAAAACCUGAAGAAAUUGAGUGAGGGGUCAGAGACAACAUCUAGCGCUGAUAACGAGGAUUCCAAAUUAUUAAAUCCAAGGAAAAAUCUCGAGGAGGAAUAUUUGGAUUAUGAAGCCAAGAUAAUUACCACCUUCAGUGUGGUGGAUAACAUGAAAGAGCAGUUCUACGCUGAACAAGCUAAAAUUUCCAGGAAAGAUGAUCCAAAGAUUAAGGAGCUGUUCAAUGACAUUGAGAAGUUAAGACAGGAAUUUGAAUCUGUUGAGAGACCAAUUUUAGAAUUGGAGACUCCAACCCCAAAGGCAGAGAACAACCCAAAGUCUGAAACUCCAUCCCCAAAAGCAGAAUCUCCAUCUGGUGGAAAGCUCCAGAGUGGUCCAUCCCAUCUUCAAAAGGAUGAUAAAGGAGCACAUGUAGUUGAGACAGGUAAGCAUCCCAAGUUACUUACAGGCAAGAAAGAACAGACGAUAGACCCUGAAGCAGAACUAGCAAAGCUGGAGUCGGAGUUUGGCAAGGAUGGUCGAGACUACACGACGGAGGAGAUUGGCGACUGGGAGUUUGAUGAGCUUGAGAGGGAGUUACGAUCUGGUAAUUAAGCAUCAAUGUUUUAUGUAGAAAACCUUUUGUUUUUUUAUUUAACAUUAAUAAACAAGCAUAUUGGAUCAAAUAUAAAAUGCUGUAGCUGACCUCCCGAAAAGCUGUGCGUGUCAAAAGCUUUUUCUUUGUAACUUAUUUGUAACGUGAUACGAAAGCUUUUUCUUUGUAACUUAUUUGUAACGUGAUACGAAUGAUCGAUUUGUUCAUUCUUCUGUAAAUUCUGGAAACCUAUGCUGUAAUAUGGAAUCUAAGAAAAACGAAAUUAAUGAAAAGGUAUUUGGGCACUGUAAAUGUUUGAAAAUAAA